AGGAAAUUUAUUAUUGCUCUUCUUCUAAAGAAAAAUUGGAUAUUUAUUUUGCAAAAACGGAAAGAAAAAAGUUUGAUUAACUAUUAAAUUCAUCCAAUCGGUUGGUCACAAGCGUAACUUACGCUAGGAAAAGAAAUGUUGCGAGCAGCCAAGCAAAUAACACGCCACCGCGGCACGAACGAACGUAUAACAUAUUUGUGCAGUAAAAUCGUGACAAGCACCAGUAAUUCCUAUUACUCAACGUUAAAUCAAAAAAAAUACAAAGGCGGAGGCAAGAGCAAUGGCUGGAGCAAGUACUUUUUAGCACCUCGUGGACCUAAAGGUUGGACGAUACCACCGUCGCGUGGUUAUGGCAUGAUAGUAGCUCGGGUUUUAAGGGGCGCUCUUAAAUUGCGUUACAUAUUGUUGGGCGGGGCUAUUGGCGGUGGUGUGACACUAAAUAAAAAAUACGAAGAUUGGAAAGAUGGUUUACCGGAUUUGAAAUGGUUGGAAGAAGUGAUGCCGAAGGGUGAAAAGUGGACACAAUUCUCAAAAGCUUUAGCAGAAUUUGGCAGUAGCGUAAAAGAUGUUAUUGAAAUUGAUCCCAGAUUAAAGCAACUCAGCGAGGACAAAAUAGCUGAAUGGAGACGAUGGUUUGAUACACGACUGGACGAUGCUAUUGAAGCGGCCGAUUAUCAAGGCUCCACUUUAAAUGAAUCAAAAGGAGAAAUUAAAGCAAAAACUACCGUAACAGCUCUAAGUCUUUCGAAUGAUGAAAGUCGUAGAAAGUAUGAAGCACUCCAAUCUCAGGUUGAAAAUCUUCAAACUGAAGUUAUAAACGUUCAGAUAAAAUAUCAAAGAGAAUUAGAAAAAAUGGAAAAGGAGAAUCGUGAGUUGCGUCAACAGUUCUUGAUACUCAAACAAAAUAAGAAAACAGGUACAAAAAAGAUUAAAAAAUCGCUAAUUGAUAUGUACUCUGAGGUGUUGGAUGAGUUAACUGGCUACGACAGCAGUUACUCGAUGGCAGAUCAUCUGCCGCGGGUCGUAGUAGUGGGUGAUCAAAGCAGUGGUAAAACUUCAGUUUUGGAAUCUAUAGCUAAGGCUCGUAUAUUUCCGCGAGGUAGUGGUGAAAUGAUGACCAGAGCACCGGUAAAAGUUACUCUCGCUGAGGGUCCCUAUCAUGUGGCACAAUUUCGCGAUUCAGAUAGAGAAUAUGACUUGAAUAAAGAAUCCGAUUUAUCUGAGCUCAGAAGAGAAGUGGAAUUUCGAAUGCGUGCUUCGGUGCGCGGGGGCAAGACCGUAAGCAACGAAGUGAUUUCAAUGACUGUAAAAGGACCUGGUUUGCAGCGUAUGGUUUUGGUCGAUUUGCCGGGUAUUAUAUCGACUAUGACCGUUGAUAUGGCUGCCGAUACCAAAGAUUCGAUACAUCAAAUGACAAAGCAUUACAUGAGUAAUCCGAAUGCUAUCAUUUUGUGUAUACAAGAUGGCUCGGUUGAUGCUGAACGAAGUAAUGUUACGGAUUUGGUGAUGCAAUGUGAUCCUCUUGGGCGCCGUACCAUAUUUGUAUUAACUAAAGUAGAUUUAGCUGAGGAAUUGGCCGAUCCAGAUAGGAUAAGAAAAAUUCUAUCUGGUAAAUUAUUUAACAUGAAAGCUUUGGGUUAUUACGCUGUGGUAACAGGACGGGGACGCAAAGAUGAUAGCAUAGAAGCUAUCCGGCAAUAUGAAGAAGAUUUCUUUAAAAAUUCCAAACUAUUUCAUCGUCGCGGUGUUAUAAUGCCUCAUCAGGUAACUAGUCGAAACUUAAGUAUGGCUGUGUCAGAUCGCUUUUGGAAAAUGGUUCGAGAAACUAUUGAGCAGCAAGCUGAUGCUUUUAAAGCAACACGUUUCAAUCUGGAAACUGAAUGGAAAAACAAUUUUCCAAGACUGCGUGAAUCUGGUCGUGAUGAGCUGUUUGAAAAGGCCAAAGGAGAAAUAUUGGACGAAGUGGUUAAUUUAUCGCAAAUCUGUGCUAAGAAAUGGGAAGAAGCUUUAAGUGAAAAAUUAUGGGACAAGCUGUCAAAUUAUGUAUUUGAAAACGUCUAUCUGCCCGCCGCUCAGUCAGGUUCUCAAAAUUCGGUUAAUACUAUGGUGGAUAUCAAACUAAGACAAUGGGCCGAGCAAUCGUUGCCAGCAAAGUCUGUGGAAUCGGGUUGGGAGACCCUGCAAACCCAAUUUUUGAUGUUAAUGGAAAAAGCGAGAAAGUCCCCGGACCACGAUGAUAUUUUUGAUAAUCUCAAAUUGGCUGUCAUAGAUGAGGCGAUACGCCGGCAUUCAUGGGAAGAUAAAGCCAUAGAUAUGUUACGAGUUAUACAGCUGAAUACACUGGAAGAUCGUUUUGUUCAUGAUAAAACUGAAUGGGACCAUGCGGUGAAAUUUUUAGAAACUUCUGUUAAAGAUAAAUUGGAUCAGACGGAACAUACGCUAAGUGAAAUGAUGGGUCCCGGUCAACUUACUCGCAUAACGCAUUGGAAAUCAUUAACGGAAGAUCAAUCUAAACGUCGUCAUGUAAAACAUGAAUUGGACAAAAUUUUAAGAACUGAUGAGAAACAUUUACCCACUUUAUCGUAUGAUGAAUUGACGACAGUGCGAAAAAACUUGCAAAGAGAGGGUGUAGAGGUUGAUACCGAUUACAUACGACAGACGUGGUUUCCAACGUAUAGGCGGCAUUUCCUAAAACAAGCCCUACAUCGUGCUCACGACUGCCGCAAAGCUUAUUACUUAUACACACAACAAGGGACAGAAUGCGAGAUCAGUUGUAGCGAUGUGGUGCUUUUCUGGCGCAUUCAACAGGUUAUUAAAGUCACUUGUAAUGCUUUACGUCAGCAAGUGAUAAAUCGUGAAGCUCGCCGUUUAGACAAAGAAAUCAAAGAAGUCUUAGAUGAGUUUAGCGAAGAUGAGGAAAAGAAAGCUCAACUAUUAACCGGUAAACGUGUGCUUUUAGCUGAAGAGCUUAUAAAAGUACGGCAUAUCCAGGAAAAACUAGAAGAAUUUAUAAAUUGUUUAAAUCAGGAAAAGUAACGCAAAUGUUUAAUUGGUACCCAAACGUAGUUGGACUAAAACCAGAAGUAUAGCAAUUCUUACAGAAUUUCAAAAGAGAACUUCUUUUUGUCCUUUGACAUGGCGUUGUUUGAUUGUAGAGAAGCCUGCGCAGUUGCAAGUUUCUUGAAUACAGCAAACACUAUCGACACUAUGUUCAUUUGAAAAAGAAAAUUACUUUCAAUACUUUUUUUCAUUUGUAUUUUUAUACAUUUU